GGGGGACCUUGUCCACGUUUCCGCGCUUUGCAGACAUAGCGGAACCCUGACUAUCACGGAUGGGUCAGCCUCAUCGAAGGUACUUGGGUAUUCUAGAUGCGAUCGAUUGGGUCAGCACUGUAGUCGCAAUGUCAGAGGCAUUAGAGGAGGGAGAUUGGUGCGCGAUCUCGGAAUCCUUGGCGCUGCUAGGCUACGCCCGGGAAGCAGGGCAACAGUGGUCCUCUCGCCCUAGGUGUAGGAACAGGACGCGUAAACUACAAAGAGCAUUAGGUUGGAAUAUUUUCCGGUGGCAGAUUCGACUGUUGGUGGGCAACUGAGCGCAUCGUGUCAUUUGUCGUACGGUCUCGUUUCGUCGAGUGUUCGAGUAACGAAGGUUAAGGCAGACGGUGUGGUACGCACGCACCUCUCCUGAGACAGCAGCUAUGCUGGCCACGCGAGGGCAAUAGCAUUACUCGGAUUAAACCGCUAUUCCAGGUGACUUGGCUGGCUGACGGACGGCGGUCUAGCGCUCUCUGUGUGUGGUGUUGG